AUGUCCAAAAGCAAUCUCAAGGUUGCAGUGGUUGGAGGCGGGCCAGCAGGAUGCAUGUUGGCUAGACUCCUGCACUUGGAAGGAAUCGAUGCUACCGUCUUUGAGGGAGAAGCCACUCCCAACUACCGGAGUCAGGGCGGGACCCUUGAUCUCCACACUGAUACUGGCCUGGCUGCCAUGAAAGCUGCCCAGCUCUGGGACGAGUUUCUGAAGUAUGCUCGCUAUGACGGGCAGUAUCUGGCAAUCGUCGACAAGGACCUGGACCACUUGUUUGUGCGCCAUCCAGGCAAUGGGAAAGAGAUCGCGGGUGAGAGCCCCGAGAUUGACCGGUCCAGGCUCCGUCAGAUACUGACCGAAUCGGUUCCUGAGGGGAUGAUCCGCUGGGGACGUCGGUUGAAGAAGGUGGAAGGCAAGACGCUCGUAUUUGAGGAUUCGACAGAGACGGGAUUCGAUCUGAUUGUUGGUGCUGAUGGGGCCUGGAGUAAGACCCGUCAGGCCGUGGAUCCCAAAUUACAACCUCAAUACGUUGGUGUCGGCAUGUAUCAUCUCACCAUCCCCGACGCCGAAGAGACUGCACCCGAAACAUGCAAGCUAGUAAAUCGAGGCAGCCUCUUUGCCCACAAUGAAGGACAGCGACUUACGGUCCAGCAGAUGGGCGAUGGAAGUCUAGAUGUACACGUCACUAUCCGUCGAGAUGACCCAGAUUGGAUGAAGGAAGAAAAGUGCGGGAUAGAUUCGACAAAUCUCGAACAAGUCAAGAAGGAGCUUCUGCAAAAGGACUUCAGUGGAUGGUGCCCCGAGCUUAAAGAUGCGAUAAGCAGUGCCCAGGGUCCCUGCAUACCACGAUCUCAUCACAUUCUCCCGAUCGGAACACAUUGGGAGCAUGUUGACGGGUUGACACUUAUAGGGGAUGCAGCACAUCUCAUGACACCUUACGCGGGCGAGGGCGUGAACCUCGCUCUGGAGGACGCGAUGCUGCUAGCAAAGGCAAUCGUCAACUCCAUCAACGGCCCAAACACGCUUGACGAAGAGGUCCGCCUAUUUGAGAACAACAUGUUCGUCCGGGCCAAGAAAGUGCAGCAACUCUCCGACAACCUCUGCAAGGAUUGGCUGUUCACACCCGGUGCUCCGAGAUCAGUGAUAGCCCGGGCAUUGAGUAGGCAUAUCAACUACCAUCUGCCUGCAGCGCCUCUGAUCUCCAACAAUCGCCGAGACAGCGACGCCGAGUUCGAAGAUGAGGACCUCGCGAGCGAGAUCGGGAUCGCACAGCCCAAGAGUGACCGGCCAGGGAUAUUCGUGCUUGCUCUCACAUUCGCAGCCGGCAUCAGCGGGCUCCUCUUUGGAUAUGACACCGGUGUGAUUUCCGCGACCCUCGUUUCCGUCGGUACAUCGCUCUCCAACCGCAGCCUGACGUCCCUGGACAAGUCCAUCAUCACAUCCUCGACGUCCCUCUUCGCCCUGCUCAUAUCCCCGUUCUCUUCCGUUCUCGCCGACAAGCUGGGCCGCAAGCGAGUGAUGAUAUACGCCGACAUUCUCUUCCUCGGUGGCGCCGUCAUCCAAGCCAUAUCCAAGUCUGUCCUCGUCAUGACCAUCGGGCGAUGCAUUGUCGGAUCCGCGGUAGGGGCUGCGAGCUUCGUUGUGCCAUUGUACAUCGCCGAGUUGGCACCCGCGUCGCACCGCGGAAGGCUUGUGACGCUGAAUUCCGUCUUUAUCACAGGUGGGCAAGUAGUUGCCUACGUCGUGGGCUGGCUGUUCUCGGCCUUUGGCUCCAAAGUGACGGGAUGGAGGUGGAUGGUCGGUCUGGGUGGUCUCCCCGCCGCCAUCCAGUUUGCUGUAGUCUUGUUCAUGCCCGAGACCCCCAGAUGGCUGAUCAAGGAGGGGAGGACGAACGAGGCGAGGCAUGUCAUCCAGAAAGUCAAUGGCUCGUCGUCCUCCUUCGACAUUGAUGAGGUGAUGAAGGAGAUUGAACUCGAGGCCCGUGAAGAGGAACUUGCCCAGGAUUCCCGCCCAGGUGACAGAUCGUUCCUAGCAGGGUGGAAGCACCUGUUCAGUGAAGGCAAGCAUCGCCGUGCCCUCGCAAUUGCAUGUGGUCUACAGGGGCUCCAGCAGCUGUGCGGUUUUAACUCACUGAUGUACUUCUCUGCUACCAUCUUCACAAUCGUUGGCUUCAGCAGCCCUACAUUGACUUCACUUACAGUUGCCGUGACCAACUUCAUCUUUACGAUAGUUGCCCUCGGCCUCAUCGACCGCAUUGGACGGCGGCGCAUCCUUUUAUACACCAUCCCAAUUAUGACAGUGGGGUUGCUUCUGUCGGCAUUCGGGUUCUCGUUUAUCGAUCUCAGCGCAUCGACCACUACUACCCAACAAGCCGAAGGGACGGGAUCUGCCGGCCACGGGGGGAUCGCCGCCACGAUAAUCCUGAUCAGCAUCAUGAUAUACGUCGCAUCGUACGCCGUUGGCCUCGGAAACGUCCCCUGGAUGCAGAGCGAGCUGUUCCCCCUAUCGGUGCGGUCAAAGGGCAGCGGACUCGCGACGGCGACCAACUGGGGCGCGAACUUCGUCGUCGGGCUGACGUUCCUCCCGCUGAUGGAUCUGCUGUCACCGAGCUGGACGUUUGUCCUGUACGCCGUCGUCUGCGUCGCCGGGUACGUGAUGAUUUGGCGGAUCUACCCCGAAACGGCGGGGUUGAGCUUGGAGGCGGCAACGGCGCUGCUGGAGCACGGCUGGGGCGUUAGGUAG